GGCUCCCGCCGAGCCGCCGCCCGAGGAUGUGGUGGGACGAGCGGGUGUCGGCGCGGUUCCGGAGGAACCUGCAGCCCACCCUCACCUACUGGAGCGUCUUCUUCAGCUUCGGCCUCUGCAUCGCCUUCCUGGGGCCCACGCUGCUGGACCUGCGCUGCCAGACCCAGAGCUCGCUCUCCCAGAUCACCUGGGUCUUCUUCUCGCAGCAGUUCUGCCUGCUGCUCGGCAGCUGCCUCGGAGGGGUCUUCAAGAGGACGUUGGCUCAGUCCUUGUUUGCGCUCUUUGCCGCGUCGCUGGCAAUCUCCCUGGUCUUUGCCAUCAUCCCUCUGUGCCACAAUGUGGUGGUGCUGGCUGUGGUUAUGGCUGUGGCAGGACUGGCCAUGGGUUGCAUCGACACCAUCUCCAACAUGCAGCUGGUGAAGAUCUACCAGAAGGACUCGGCCAUCUUCCUGCAGGCACUUCAUUUCUUUGUGGGCUUUGGGGCGCUGCUAAGCCCACUGAUAGCUGACCCGUUCCUCUCGGACACCAACUGCAUCCUCUCAAACGCCACAGCCAAUGCCUCCAGCAACCUCCCGCACAUCCGCAAGUCCCUGGUCCCGCACCAUCCGGGCAACCUGUCUCACUACGACCUGCCGAUGAAAGGCAUGGUGGUCACGCACGUUUCCUAUGCCUUCUGGAUCAUGGCCCUCAUCAACCUGCCAGUCCCCAUCGCAGUGUUUUUCCUGCUCUACAAAGAACGGAUGGUACCGUGCUUCAACAGCAGCAGUCACCCACUGCUGUCUGCAGAUGAGCUGGCGAUGGAAACGCGGCCUGCUGAGAAGGACGAUCUUUCCACCACUGUGCAGAGACCCCAAACGGCAAGAGGUCAUGAUGACUUGUUUAGCUGCUGCCAAAGCAAAAACUUCAGAGGGGCUUCUUACACCUACUUCGCAGUCCACAUCACUGGGGCUCUUGUCCUCUUCAUGACUGAUGGGAUUGUGGGAGAGUACUCGGGCUUCAUUUACAGCUACGCCGUGGAAGAGCCACUCUCUGUAGUACAUAAAGUCGCCGGCUACCUGCCCAGCCUCUUCUGGGGAUUCAUCACACUGGGAAGGCUCAUCUCCAUCCCUGUGUCCUACCGAAUGAAGCCUGCAACUAUGGUCUUCAUCAAUGUGGUUGGGGUCCUUGUAACCUUCCUCCUGCUCUUGAUCUUCUCCUACAGUGUUGUCUUCUUGUUUGUGGGGACAGCAUGUCUGGGGCUGUUUCUCAGCAGUACUUUCCCCAGCAUGCUUGCCUAUACUGAGGACAUCCUGCAGUACAAAGGUUGUGCCACAACUGUGUUAGUGACCGGAGCUGGAAUUGGAGAGAUGGUACUACAGUUACUGGUGGGGUCGAUCAUACAUGAUCAGGGCAGCUACAGUUUCCUGGUCUGUGGGAUGAUCUUUGGAGGCUUGGCCUUUACCUUCUACGCCUUCCUCUUAUUUUUCCACAGGAUGUACCCCAAGCCCUCAUCAGAUACAGAUGCUGCCUCACCUGACAAGCCAGCAGUAAUGGAUGACACUGGACUCUAUCAGCGCUAAAAAAAAGUGGCCAAGCCCUAGACAAGCAAUAAAACAACACACAAUUAAGCAUUAGUAUUAAGGAUGAUUUCACAUUUUAUGACUGAAUCAUGCAAGUUCUCUGCAAUCAAAAGCACAUUAGAUUGGAGUAAGUCAGAAUCAAGAAAAUGCCCUAAAACAUCGUGUCAAGAUAAGCACAAGUUGCCCAUGUCACAUGCACCAAUAAGAAGACCGGAAACAGCAGACUGACCCUGUAUCCAAAAGGCUGUGAUAUGGCAGGUAUGAUGGAGAACAACUACUGUUGUAAGUGAGCUUUCACCCCAAAUCAGAAAACAGGCCGGGGUGGUGGGAGGGCUGUGUUUGUUCCAUAUACAUUAGAUUUUGACUAUCUCCUGGCUUAGAGUCAAUGAACUUAAUUUUUGGUCUGUAAAGUACAGGAGCCUUGACAAUUUACAGAACAGUACUGGUUUUGAAUUCAUUUUUGUGCAAUAUUGGACUAUAUAUGUAAUUUCCAUUUCCAAAGGGAAAAAUUACACUACUUUCAGAAACCACCAAGUGCACAGUGGUAGCAGGAUCUAUCGAUAUUUGCACAAUUGAUAAUUCUUGUACGCUACACAGUAUCAGACGUUCACUAAGACAGUGUCUUACUCAGCAUGCUAGGGCCUCUUGAUUAUUAAAAUCAUUAGCUUUUAGAGUCAACAAUGAAUUGUGAUGGUUUGUUUUGCUUUAAGUCAUUAGUUUAGCUGCUACGUUGCAGUGUUUUAUAGGGUGGUUUUAUUUCUAGCUUCCAAUUGAAGCUUAAACAGAAGUAUUGGGGAGCCAGCCUCCAGCUGCUUAAUCUGUGCAAUACUUAUUAUAACAGGUGCCUUCUGUAAGGUACUCUUUUAUAACCCACGCAUGACCUAUUGCAAGCGAUGAAGAAAGGACUGGCUUUAGAAGAGCGUAAAGCUACAUACAUCUAUUUCUUCAGUGAGUGACUGGGCAUGUAUUUUUGCUUUAACUGCUGUAUGUGGAUGUACAUAUGUAUGUGUGUAUAUAAAGCAGUGUUUAAUUAAAGGUGAUUGAUUGCUAGA